GCGCGGAAGCAGCCAGCAGUAGCGGGCGGCAGAGCUGGCGUAAAGGGGACUGGGGGUAAAGAGAUCCGAUGGAGGGGUAGCGAAAGGGGGAGAGGGCCGGGCACGGCCCCUAGGCGAAGGGCGGCGCGGAGGUCCGGGCUGGCUCUCCGCACGGCGGAUGCAGUCCUGGUCCCACAAGCCCUGGAUACGCGAGGUUUAGGUCACAAUUGCCAUCAUGCUUAAAGCUGUGAUCCUGAUUGGAGGCCCUCAAAAGGGGACUCGCUUCAGGCCUUUGUCUUUUGAGGUGCCCAAACCCCUGUUUCCAGUGGCAGGGGUCCCUAUGAUCCAGCACCACAUUGAGGCCUGUGCCCAGGUCCCUGGGAUGCAGGAGAUUCUUCUCAUUGGCUUCUACCAACCUGAUGAGCCACUUACCCGGUUCCUAGAAGCUGCACAACAAGAGUUUAACCUUCCAGUCAGGUACCUGCAGGAAUUUGCACCUCUGGGCACAGGAGGUGGUCUCUACCACUUCCGGGAUCAGAUCCUGGCUGGGGGCCCUGAGGCCUUCUUCGUGCUCAACGCUGAUGUUUGCUCCGACUUCCCCUUGAGCGCUAUGUUGGCUGCCCACAGACACCAGCCUCACCCUUUCUUGCUCCUGGGCACCACGGCUAACAGGACACAGUCCCUCAACUAUGGCUGCAUCGUAGAGAAUCCACAGACGCAUGAGGUUCUGCACUAUGUGGAGAAACCCAGCACGUUUGUUAGUGACAUCAUCAACUGCGGCAUCUACCUCUUUUCCCCGGAAGCCCUGAAGCCCCUUGGCGAUGUCUUCCAGCGUAAUCAGCAGAAUGGGCGACUCUGCCUUCCUCUGGGGGAGGACUCUUCAGUCCUGUGGCGGGGGGCAGGCACCAUCCGCCUGGAGCAGGACGUGUUCUCAGCCCUGGCUGGGCAGGGCCAGAUCUACGUGCACCUUAAUGACGGUAUCUGGAGCCAGAUCAAGUCUGCAGGCUCGGCCCUCUAUGCCUCCCGCCUCUAUCUGGGUCAGUACCAGUUCACUCACCCCGAACGCCUGGCCAAGCACAGCCCAGGCGGGCCGCGGAUCCGAGGAAACGUUUAUAUCCACCCAACGGCUAAGGUGGCCCCAUCAGCUGUGCUGGGCCCCAACGUCUCCAUUGGGGAGGGGGUGACUGUGGGCGAGGGCGUGCGGCUCCGAGAGAGCAUUGUCCUCCAUGGAGCCACGCUGCAGGAGCACACGUGUGUGCUGCACAGCAUUGUGGGCUGGGGGAGCACUGUGGGGCGCUGGGCCCGCGUGGAGGGUACCCCCAAUGACCCCAAUCCCAACGACCCCCGGGCCCACAUGGACAGUGAGAGCCUCUUCAAGGAUGGGAAGCUGCUGCCUGCCAUCACCAUCCUGGGUAUGGCUUCCCAGGGGACUCAGGGCCGUGAGAAACCGCCACAGGUGAUAGGCUGCCGCGUCCGGAUCCCUGCUGAGGUGCUCAUCCUGAACUCGAUUGUUCUGCCACACAAGGAGCUGAGCCGAAGCUUUACCAACCAGAUCAUCCUCUGAAGGGGGCCUCCAGAAGGCCCCCCAACUCCUGCCCCUCCAGCCUCUGUCCAGAAUGGACCUGGGGAAGCCAGGCAGAAUCUUCACACACUGGGAGCAGU